CUGAUCAACCUCAGAACUCAGUUAUACAGCUAUUGAGCUAGCAAAAAGCAUCUUCAGGCAUCUCAUAGUUACAUAUAGUUAUAUAUUCCUAGUAAGAAUCAUCUCUCAGCAGCCAACAUGUCGAAACUCAUUUAUAUUCUCCCUCUAGUCCUACUUCUUUCUCUGCAUGCAUGCAAAGCUCGCCAUCUAAGCUUAAAUGAUAACAGAAAUAGCAGAAGAUCUCACACAGUUGUCAAGCAGAAUCUACAUAGCAAAAGCCUCCCUAGUCUUUACAAAGAGACAGACUCGGAGCCUGAAGUAGUACAAGCACGAGAAGCAAACAGCCCUGGUGCUAAUGAACUCACAAAUACAGUGAUGGCAAAAGAUUCAGAGCAAACAAUCCCCAAAAAUGAUAAUAAGAAAGGAGGAGAGAUAGAUAUAUCACAUCCGAAAGAGGCAACACAGCCAGAGGGAUGGAGAAGGCAAGCAAGGUCCACAACAGAAUCUUCUCCAAGUGAAGCCAGAGAAACUGCGGACACCAAAGAGAGCGAAAUCGUAGAUGAUGUGGUAGCGAUGGAUUAUGCUCAACCCCAUCGAAAACCACCUAUCCACAACAGAAAGUUGUAGAUCUCAUUCUUACACAACAGUCUUGGGUGAUGACCCAAGUACUGCAAACAGCAACUAUUCACAUAAUGAAACUCUAAAUCUUAAUCAUAGCAUACAAUUACUAUCUCA